UUGUAAAGAUGGAAACCAACCAAGCAAUGGUCCCACACUCUCUGUCAGCCAGAUUUGAGGGAUCUUUUGCGUAUCUGACAGUGAAAGAUAGACUCCCAACCAUUUUGACCAAAGUUAUAGACACUAUUCAUCGCAGUAAGAACAAGUUCUUUGAAGAGCAUGGAGAGGAAGGGGUUCAGGCAGAGAAGAGGGCCAUCUCCUUCCUGUCAAAGCUGAGAAAUGAGCUCCAGACAGAUAAACCCAUAUUGGCUCUGAAUGAUACAAUGCAGGAUGUGGAAGACUGGAACCAGUAUAUGCAGAGACAGCAGGCCCUGCUGGGGGACAGUGAACCCAUCAGCUGGUUCAAAUCACCCUGGCUUUAUGUCGAAUGUUACAUGUACAGAAGGAUACAGGAAGCCUUGAAGCUAAAUCCUCCUAUAUCCAACUUUGAUGUCUUUAAAGAAGGUAAGACGCAAAGCUUCUUCGAUUCCCAGCAAGCAAUAAUCUCCCUGUGCACAUACCUGCAAGAGCUAAUCAAGACCGUGGAUAAAAUCAGUGAGAAGCAGCUUCAUGAAAACUUCCUCAAACUGUUACAGGUCUCAUUGUGGGGAAACAAGUGUGAUCUGUCUAUCUCAGCUGGUCAAGAAAACGCCCAGAAAACUAGCCCUAUGGAAACACUGCAUGACCUCAAAUGCUUCAUCCUGGUCGACGACUCUGACAUGGUGUGGUCGACCCUGAUGUCCCUCAGGGGUUCUGGAGAUCAGGACAAGUCACGAGCAAGGGUGGAUGUUGUCCUGGACAAUGCUGGUUUUGAACUAGUCACUGACUUGGUCUUUGCUGAUUUUCUCAUCACUUUUGGAUUGGCGAAGGAGAUUCGUUUCCAUGGAAAGUCUAUUCCGUGGUUUGUCUCUGAUGUUACCAAACAUGAUUUUGAUUGGACCAUCAUGCAGGUCAUGGCAGCGAAUCACAAGUGGAUGUCUAUGAGUGGUGCCCACUGGAAGCGCUACAUGAAGGAAGGCUUGUGGUCAUACCAUGACCAUCCGUUCUGGACCCUCCCUCACGAGUUCUGUGACAUGCCAUUGGAUGCACCAGACCUCUACUCCACGCUCCAGGCCUCAGACCUGAUUCUGUUCAAAGGCGAUUUGAACUACCGGAAGUUGACUAGUGACAGGGACUGGGAACAUACAGUUCGGUUUGAAAAAGCCCUGAGGGGGUUCCAACCAGCCCCGCUUUGCAGUCUUAGAACUUUGAAAGCCAAUGUUCAGGUGGGUUUACAGCCAGGACAAGGGGAGAACCUAAGCGUUCAAAAUCCAAAUUGGAUGACCAGUGGGAAGUAUGCAGUGGUUCAGUUUUCCAGUCCACAUCAAAAACAUUGAUUUUAAAUCCAAGUGUUAAUCCCACUAGAUAAAACUAUAGUCCUAACUAAGCAGGUGAAGUCACUGCAAAACUACUCGUGUUUAUAGUCAGCAGAGUUUUUUUUCCCCAUUUCAUUUCCAAGAAGUCACUAAAGAGAGAAAUCAAACUGCAAUAAUAUUUAAACUUAAUACAUAACAGUCUCAAAAUUGAUCAUAAAGGAAUGUGGUAUGACCUUUUUUGCAUAACUUUAAUCUCCAGACUGUUGAUUGAUAAAGGUCAUGCGAGGUCAAGACUAGAUAUCAUUUAAUAUAUUCUUGAGAACUCUAUACGUACAUCAUACAUCCUACUGUAUGAAAACAGAUGUAAACAUGAUGUUUCAUUAAUCUGCCAGGGGCAAGUUAAAUGACUGAACACGGCUUUAUGUUCUGUGUUCACGUCGGUGUUUUCACUUACUUUGAAAUGUAUAAUAUAUUGUUGCAU